UGCCUUUUCCCUGUGCUGGGCAUCCUCUGCCCCAGCCUGAGGAGAGCCGUGGAAUCAUGGAAUAUCCUGAGCUGGAAAGGACCCACCGGGAUCAUCAGUCCAGCCCCUGGCCCUGCACAGACACUCCAAAAUCCCACUCUGUGCAUCCCUGGGAGUGUUAUCCAAACCCUCCUGGAGCUGUGCCUGUUCCCUGAGGAGCCUGGUCAGUGCCCCAGAACCAUCUGGGGGGAAGAACCUUUCCCAAAAUCCGACCUAAACCUCCCCUGACACAGCUCCAACCAUUUCCUCAGGUCACCAGAAACCUUCACCCUCUGGGUGGAGAACCUUUACCCGAUCCCAGCCCUCUCAAGCGACCACAGCACCCUCACCACCUGCCUGAGGUGUGACCCAAACCAGCCCAAACCCACAGCUCAGCUGGGAACAGGCACACACGGUGUGCUGGGGUUGUACCAAAACUCCCUGUAAAAAGGAGCUGGGCUGCUUGGAGUGUGCGUCCCCACAGCUCAGUGAGGGAUUUGGGAUUUUGUGUAUCCCCAGCAGUGCUCCAGCCACCAGUGUGAGAAGAUCUGGUGUUGUUUCCAGUGGCUGGAAGGAUUCCAUAGUGGAUAACAAGCCUUACAGCAUCCUCUAAGGGUUAGGGUUAGAGAAUAAGAAACAUAAAUUGAAAAUUUAUGAACUGCAGCAAACCACAAGAUGGUGCUGCCAGAAAAUGAUUCCAUGGGAGCAGCAGUCCUUGGCGUCAGAGAACUGAUGGAUUUUUCUGAUGCUUUUUAAUCAUCACCACUUCCAGCAUCUCAAAGCAAUCAUGCUCCUGUUAUAAACUGCUCCAUCAUCAAGAUCUUCCCCACUUCUGGGAAAGUCCUUGUUAAGAAUGUGGAAAUUUCAGGGAAUUAGAGAGAAAUCUUUCUUCAUAUCGCUGAGAGAGGACUUUUAGAAAAUGAAUCAGAGGCAGAAUAAUUAAAGUUGGAGAGGAGAGGGACCAUCUUGACCCUUGAUGGAUGGCUGGAUUGUGGCUCUCGGGUGCUGCGUGUUAAAUCCCAUCCGUGGGGAGACAGAUGUGGAGGAUUGGCCAGCACAGAGAGCACUGAGGCUGUUCUGUAAACACAGCAGCCUUGCAAAGCUGAGCUCAGAAGGGACCACACUGCUGGGUGUGAGUGGCUGCAGCUGAGAGCAGUGACACCACCACACACUGCUCCCAUCUCUGCUGCACGGGGCGGGCAGCAGGACUCCAGAGGCUGGGAAACAGCUCCUGUCCUUCCUCUUCACUGCUCACCUCGUUUGGAUGAGACCUGGGCAGGAAUAUUUGUUUGGGUACAGGGUGAAGAGCAUGGAAAGGUGAUCUGAAGACAAGGAACUGCCUGUGGGUGCCUAAACCUGAUAUUCUCAACACCCGGACCUGAUAUUCUGAAUACCUAAGCCUGAUCUGAUGAACACCUAAGCCUGACAUCCUGAACAUCUAAGCCUGAUAUUCUGAGCACCUGAGCCUGAUAUCCUGAACCUAAGCCUGACAUCCUGAACACCCAGCUGAGCUCGAAGGUGGAGGGGGAUACCAAAGCCCACUGAGCAGCCCAUCACAGCUACCACAGCAACCCUCUGGGACCUCUGGGGAUUGUAAUCCUGGGAAAAACAACAGCAAAUUCUGUAGGACUCUGGAUUCUAAACCAAAAUAGAAAUUAGUGCCAAACUUCCAGGAGAUCUGCUUUGGGACUGAGGCUGGGAAAAGCACCUGAAGGAAGCAAACUGUGCUGAGCAGGUCCUGGAAGAGCAGGGGGCCCAAGGAGAGCUUUCCUUGCUUGCUCCACGAUGAUCUCUAGUUAAGGGCUCCUGGCCACGUGUGGAAGAGGCAGAAGAAGCUUUUGCAAGCUCCUUCCCAGCUCUGUUAGACCAAAAGCAAGGAAAUACUUUUGCAUAAGAGCGUGGGUUGGUGGAUCUUCUUGGAGGAUGUCUGGCCAGCACCCUGAGGACUUUGGAGCAGAAAUCCUGUCGGAAAAGUCCCGGAUGAUCCCUGGGCUCCCCCCGUAUGACAUGGAUGACCAGCUCCUUCCCAGGGAGCCCCGCAGCCCCUGGUGCUGCCUGGCCUGGACCCUGGUGAUAGGAACCAUGAACUCCCUGGUCUUCCUCCUGAAUUUGCUCCUGAUGUUUGUUAUUUUCACCGUCGUGCUGCUUCCUACCAUCGUGGUGGUUUACUUUGGCUUCCAGUGCCACUCCCAGGUGCUGCACUCCUCUGCCCGCUACUGCAAGAGCAUCCUGGACGACAACAGCUCCUCUGCCCUCAUCAUCCUGGGCUUUGUCAUCAUGUCCCCACUGCUGGUGGUGGCCAUGGCCAUUUACUGCAGCCUGGCACGGCGCCUGCAGCUCCUGGUGUGCUUCCAGCCCUACAGCCUGGCCCUGUACAAGGGGGGCCGCUGGUGCCGCCGCGGGGAGGGGGCUCCGUGCUGUGCCAGGGGCUGGGGCACCCAGCUCAAGGCCUGGGUGUGACCCUGCAGCACCAGCAGUGUCCCCUCCCUGUGCCCCGUCCUCAUCCUCAGCCCUCCCUGCAGAGCUGCUGCUGCUCAGCCAAUUCACCCGGUGGUUUAUCCCAAAAAUCUGCAUUGGAGUGGAAACACGGCGUGGGACAGGUGUGGGAUGGGCAGGGCAGCUUCAUCCUCCCAGAUCCUUCCAAAUCCUUCCAUCCUUCCAAAUAAACCCUGUGGUUUAUCCCAAAAACCUGCAAUAGAGUGGAAACACAGCAUGGGACAGGUGUGGGAUGGGCAGGGCAGCUUCAUCCUUCCAAAUCCUUCCGAAUCCUUCCAUCCUUCCAAAUAAACCCUCUGGUUUAUCCCAAAAAUCUGCAAUGGAGUGGAAACACAGCAUGGGACAGGUGUGGGAUGGGCAGGGCAGCUUCAUCCUUCCAAAUCACCCCGUGGUUUAUCCCAAAAAUCUGCAAUGGAGCGAAAACAUAGUGUGGGAGAGGUGUGGAGAAGGCAGGGCAGCUUCAUCCUCCCAAAUCCUUCAAUCCUUCCAAAUCACCCCGUGGUUUAUCCCAAAAACCUGCAAUGGAGUGGAAACACGCGUGGGACAGGUGUGGGGAGGGCAGGGCAGCUUCAUCCUCCCAAAUUCUCUCUGGUGUUGUUUUUGGUGUUGUUUGUUGGUGUUGUUCCUGCUCAUCACUGGCUGCUGUCCCCUUUAGAACCAUUUGGUCUGCCCUUUAGAACCUUUCCCAGUUUUCUGGAGAAAUAAAGUUUGUGCCCAAUC